CUGCGGGCCGGGCGGCGGCGGCAUGAGCCGGCCCCCGCCGACGGGGAAAAUGCCCGGCGCCCCCGAGGCCGUGCCGGGGGACGGGGCCGGCGCGGGCCGCCAGAGGAAGCUGGAGGCGCUGAUCCGAGACCCUCGCUCCCCUAUCAACGUGGAGAGCUUGCUGGAUGGCUUAAAUUCCUUGGUCCUUGAUUUGGAUUUUCCUGCUUUGAGGAAAAAUAAGAAUAUAGAUAAUUUCUUAAAUAGAUAUGAGAAAAUUGUGAAAAAAAUCAGAGGUCUACAGAUGAAAGCAGAAGAUUAUGAUGUUGUAAAAGUUAUUGGAAGAGGAGCAUUUGGGGAAGUCCAGUUGGUUCGUCAUAAGGCAUCACAGAAGGUUUAUGCUAUGAAGCUUCUUAGUAAGUUUGAAAUGAUAAAAAGAUCAGAUUCUGCUUUCUUCUGGGAAGAAAGAGAUAUUAUGGCCUUUGCCAAUAGUCCCUGGGUGGUUCAGCUCUUUUGUGCCUUUCAAGAUGAUAGAUAUCUGUACAUGGUAAUGGAAUACAUGCCUGGUGGAGACCUUGUAAACCUUAUGAGUAAUUAUGAUGUGCCUGAAAAGUGGGCCAAAUUUUACACUGCUGAAGUUGUUCUUGCUCUGGACGCAAUACACUCCAUGGGUUUAAUACACAGAGAUGUGAAGCCUGACAACAUGCUUUUGGAUAAACAUGGACAUCUAAAAUUAGCAGAUUUUGGCACAUGUAUGAAGAUGGAUGAAACAGGCAUGGUACAUUGUGAUACAGCAGUUGGAACACCUGAUUAUAUAUCACCCGAGGUUCUGAAAUCACAAGGGGGUGAUGGUUAUUAUGGGCGAGAAUGUGAUUGGUGGUCUGUUGGUGUUUUCCUUUUUGAGAUGCUAGUAGGGGACACUCCAUUUUAUGCAGAUUCACUUGUAGGAACUUAUAGCAAAAUUAUGGAUCAUAAAAAUUCACUAUGUUUCCCUGAAGAUGCAGAAAUUUCUAAACAUGCGAAGAGUCUCAUCUGUGCCUUCUUGACAGAUAGGGAGGUACGACUUGGGAGAAAUGGGGUAGAAGAAAUCAAACAGCAUCCUUUCUUUAAGAAUGAUCAAUGGAAUUGGGAUAACAUAAGAGAGACGGCAGCUCCUGUAGUACCUGAACUCAGCAGUGACAUAGACAGCAGCAAUUUUGAUGACAUCGAAGAUGAUAAAGGAGAUGUAGAAACCUUCCCAAUUCCUAAAGCUUUUGUGGGAAAUCAGCUGCCUUUCAUAGGAUUUACCUACUAUAGGGAAAAUCUGUUAUUAAAUGACUCUCCAUCUUGUAGAGAAAAUGAUUUGGUGCAAUCAAGGAAAAAUGAAGAAAGCCAAGAGAUUCAGAAAAAAAUAUAUACGUUAGAAGAACACCUCAACACUGAGAUACAAGCCAAAGAAGAGUUAGAACAGAAGUGCAAAUCUAUUAAUACUCGUCUAGAGAAAACAGCAAAGGAACUAGAAGAAGAGAUUACCUUAAGGAAAAAUGUGGAAUCAGCAUUAAGACAAUUAGAAAGAGAAAAGGCACUUCUUCAGCACAAAAAUGCAGAAUAUCAGCGGAAAGCUGAUCAUGAAGCAGACAAAAAACGAAAUUUGGAAAAUGAUGUUAACAGCUUAAAAGAUCAACUUGAAGAUUUGAAAAAAAGAAAUCAGAACUCUCAAAUAUCUACCGAGAAAGUGAAUCAACUUCAGAGACAGCUGGAUGAAACCAAUGCUUUGCUUCGAACAGAAUCUGAUACUGCAGCUCGAUUAAGAAAAACCCAGGCAGAAAGUUCAAAACAGAUUCAGCAGCUAGAGUCCAACAAUAGAGAUCUACAAGAUAAAAACUGCCUGCUGGAAACUGCUAAGUUAAAACUUGAAAAAGAAUUUAUCAAUCUUCAGUCAGCUCUAGAAUCUGAAAGAAGGGACCGAACCCAUGGAUCUGAGAUAAUUAAUGAUUUACAAGGUAGAAUAUCUGGUCUAGAAGAAGAUUUAAAGAGUGGCAAAAUCUUACUAGCAAAAAUAGAGCUGGAAAAGAGACAACUGCAGGAGAAAUUUACUGAUUUGGAGAAGGAAAAGAGCAACAUGGAAAUAGAUAUGACAUACCAACUAAAAGUUAUGCAACAGAGCUUGGAACAAGAAGAGGCUGAACAUAAGACUACAAAAGCACGGCUAGCAGAUAAAAAUAAAAUCUAUGAAUCCAUCGAAGAAGCUAAAUCAGAAGCCAUGAAAGAAAUGGAGAAGAAGCUUUUGGAAGAAAGGACUUUAAAACAGAAAGUAGAGAACCUAUUGCUGGAGGCUGAGAAAAGAUGCUCUUUAUUGGAUUGUGACCUCAAACAAUCACAGCAGAAACUAAAUGAGCUCCUUAAACAGAAAGAUGUGCUAAAUGAGGAUGUUAGAAACUUGACAUUAAAAAUAGAGCAGGAAACUCAGAAGCGCUGUCUUACACAAAAUGACCUGAAGAUGCAAACACAGCAAGUUAACACACUAAAAAUGUCAGAAAAGCAGUUAAAACAAGAGAAUAAUCAUCUCCUGGAAAUGAAAAUGAGCUUGGAAAAACAAAAUGCGGAACUUCGAAAAGAACGUCAGGAUGCCGAUGGGCAGAUGAAAGAGCUCCAAGAUCAACUUGAAGCUGAACAGUAUUUCUCAACCCUGUAUAAAACACAAGUUAGGGAACUUAAAGAAGAAUGUGAAGAAAAGACCAAACUUUGUAAAGAAUUACAGCAGAAGAAACAGGAAUUACAGGAUGAAAGGGACUCCUUGGCUGCCCAGCUGGAGAUCACCUUGACCAAAGCAGAUUCUGAGCAGCUGGCUCGUUCAAUUGCUGAAGAACAGUAUUCAGAUUUGGAGAAAGAGAAAAUCAUGAAAGAACUGGAGAUCAAAGAGAUGAUGGCUAGACACAAACAGGAGCUUACUGAAAAAGAUGCUACAAUUGCAUCUCUUGAAGAAACUAAUAGGACACUUACUAGUGAUGUUGCCAAUCUUGCGAAUGAAAAAGAAGAAUUAAAUAACAAACUGAAAGAUGCUCAAGAGCAACUAUCAAGGUUGAAAGAUGAAGAGAUAAGUGCAGCAGCCAUCAAGGCACAGUUUGAGAAACAGCUAUUAACAGAGAGAACACUCAAGACUCAAGCUGUGAAUAAAUUGGCUGAGAUCAUGAAUCGAAAAGAACCCGUCAAGCGUGGGAAUGACACAGAUGUGCGAAGAAAAGAGAAGGAGAAUAGAAAGCUACAUAUGGAACUUAAAUCUGAACGGGAAAAGUUGACCCAACAGAUGAUCAAGUAUCAGAAAGAACUAAAUGAAAUGCAGGCUCAAAUAGCUGAAGAGAGCCAAAUUCGAAUUGAACUGCAGAUGACACUGGACAGUAAAGACAGUGACAUUGAGCAGCUACGAUCACAGCUGCAGGCCUUGCAUAUUGGUCUGGAUAGUUCCAGUAUAGGCAGUGGACCAGGGGAGGCUGAGGCAGAUGAUGGAUUUCCAGAAUCGAGGUUAGAAGGAUGGCUCUCCUUGCCUGUUCGAAACAACACUAAGAAAUUUGGAUGGGUUAAAAAGUAUGUGAUUGUAAGCAGUAAGAAGAUUCUUUUCUAUGACAGCGAACAAGAUAAAGAACAAUCUAAUCCUUACAUGGUUUUAGAUAUAGACAAGUUAUUUCAUGUCCGACCAGUUACACAGACAGAUGUAUACAGAGCAGAUGCUAAAGAAAUUCCAAGGAUAUUCCAGAUUCUGUAUGCCAAUGAAGGAGAAAGUAAAAAGGAACAAGAAUUUCCAGUGGAGCCAGUGGGAGAAAAAUCUAAUUAUAUUUGUCACAAAGGGCAUGAAUUUAUUCCUACUCUAUAUCAUUUCCCAACCAACUGUGAGGCUUGUAUGAAGCCACUGUGGCACAUGUUUAAGCCCCCUCCUGCUUUAGAGUGUCGCCGUUGCCAUAUUAAAUGUCAUAAAGAUCACAUGGACAAAAAGGAGGAAAUUAUAGCACCUUGCAAAGUGUAUUAUGAUAUAUCAACGGCAAAGAAUCUAUUGUUAUUAGCAAAUUCUACAGAAGAGCAGCAGAAGUGGGUUAGUCGGUUGGUGAAAAAGAUACCUAAAAAGCCCCCUGCUCCAGACCCUUUUGCACGGUCAUCUCCUAGAACUUCAAUGAAGAUCCAACAAAACCAGUCUAUCAGACGGCCAAGUCGACAGCUUGCCCCAAACAAACCAAGAUUGCUUGAUUUGGCAUUUAAAGACUGGGAUUGGUCAUUUGAUGAUGUUGAUGAUGGUGAUGAUGAUGACGAUGUUUUUGAUUUCUGAAGAAAUAAAUGGGGUAAAUCAAAAAAAUGGAAAAAAAAGUUAUUUUAGCACUUCCGUGAAGAGCAUGUGGUUUGCAGUUGGGCUUUCAUUAUUUUUCCGCUA